UCAUUCAUUUCCAAGUAUUCACAUUGUACCGGAAAGAUUCAAGAUAUAUCAUCAAAUGAAGGGACUUAGGAGCUUCAUAUCGUUAAGGAAGCAAUCUAGCCCUUAUUCCUAUUUGUCCCAGAAAGUGAUAUGUGACUUGUUGCAAGCAUUGAAGUACUUGAGAGUGAUUUCAUUAAGUCACUACUGCAUCGGAGAGGUACCAGAUUGCAUUGGCAAACUGAGGCACCUAAGGCACCUUAAUCUGUCGUAUACUAAUAUCAAAAUGCUUCCAAAGUCAAUUGUUGCAUUGUACAAUCUAGAGGCUUUGAUGUUGCGGGGCUGUAAUGAGCUUAUCAAAUUACCCGAAGAUAUGGAGAAACUGAUCAAUCUGAGAUAUCUCGAUAUUACCGACACUCCGAGCCUAAUAGGGAUGCCACUGAAUAUAGGUAAUUUGGUAGGUCUUGAGAUGUUGUCGAAGUUUGUAGUGGGAACGGAAAAUGGCUCGAGAUUGAAGGAGUUAAAAAAUCUGGAGAACCUUAGAGGGGAAUUAUGCAUCUCUGAUUUGCAUAUGGUUCAAGAAGCCAGAGAUGCCACGGAUGCCAAUUUAUACACGAAGAAGGGAAUAUGCUGGUUAACCAUGCAAUGGUGUAGAGAUUUUGAGAAUUUCCGGGAUGAAGAGCUUGAAGCAAAGGUCCUUGACUUACUUUGCCCUCACCAAAACCUUCAAAUUCUCAAAAUAUUUUUUUAUGGUGGCCUAGAAUUCCCAUCAUGGUUAGGAAGUCCCCCACAUGUUAACAUAGUGCAUUUACAUUUACACGGGUGUCGUAGGGCCAAAACAUUACCAUCACUCGGGCAACUAUCUUCGCUGAAAGAACUGUACAUCGAAGGUCUAAAUGCAAUACGCAAGGUUGGAUUUGAAUUUUAUGGAACUAGAAGUCCUUUUAUGUCCUUAAUAACUCUGGAAUUCAAGGACAUGCCAUUAUGGGAGGACUGGUCUCAUUGGGUCGGCACUGAAGAAGUGGGAGUUUUGUUCCCUCGUCUUGAGCAUCUCGUCAUACAAGAUUGCCCUAUUUUGAUCGGAAGAUUGCCUAGUCAACUAAGCUCCCUCAUAGAGCUUGAAAUCAACUCCUGUCCUCGCAUGGAUGCCUCGCCCUCUAUCACGAGCCUUCCAUCUCUUGAGAAAUUAGAGUUUGGAGGUUGUAAUGAGGGGGUGCUGAAGAGUUUGGUGAACUUGACAUCUCUAACCGCUCUUGUUGUAAAAGAUGUUGCUAACCUAACUUGCUUAAGUCAUGGGUUUACAAGCUCCUUGAUCAAACUGGAGGAGUUGGAGAUGAGAAGUUGUGAAAAGCUAUUGUACUUGUGGCAAGACAUAGAUAUAAUUGGGAAUCUUGCUUGCCUGAAGAGGUUAGUCGUCCAUAAUUGUUUGGAAUUCAUAUAUUUUGGGGCUGGAGAAGGAGAUAUAGAGCUGCCCAUCAACCUCGAGACUAUCAUAUUGACAAAUUGCGUCAAUUUAGAGAAGCUCCCAAGCAAAAUGCAUACCCUCUCCUCUCUUAUAAACUUGAUGGUCGGUAACUGUCCAAAACUCGUGUCUUUCCCCGAAACAGGUAUACCAACAUCGGUGAUAUCAUUAAAUGUCGAACGCUGCAAUAUGUUGCAAUCUUUACCCAGAGGAUUAAGUAUUCAUCCGGAUGAACCAAGCAGUGGCAACAGCAGCAAUAGCAAUAACCGCAUUGACAUGACGUCUUGUCUGCAAGAGUUAACAAUUGACGAAUGCAAUUCUCUACCAGCUUCUCUAUUUAGCGAGGGUAGAUUUUUACCUGCGACCCUCAAGACACUUGAGAUUUCUUACUGCAAUGGAGUGGAGUCGCUCGCGGAGAUAAAUGUAGAUUGUCUUCGGUCGCUUCAAGAGAUUGAAAUUUGGUAUUGCGAGAAUUUGAGAAGUUUACCUCCGUGCCUGCACACACUAUCCCAUCUCACUUCCUUGGCAUUGGUCAACUGUCCUGCACUGGAGCUAGAGUGCUUCCCUCCUCUUCCUCUCAGCAUCUCGAGAUUUUCUCUUUAUAAUUGUCCGAAGAUAAAAUCGUUACCUAAUCAGUUGUAUCAACUUCCAUGUCUCCGUGAAUUCGAAAUUUCAGGGUGUGAGAGUAUUGCGUGCUUUCCCCACGGAGGAUUGCCGCCCCAGCUACAGGAACUUGAAGUAAGGGGAUGCGGGAAUAUGAAGCAGCCGGUGAGGGAGUGGCUUACCCCCCUCACCUCCCUUCAAUCUCUGCAUAUCGACGGCAGGGUGGGAGGAGUGGGAGAGGAGAAGGAUCUUCGGCUUCCGCUCCCUUCCUCUCUGCUCGAUCUCUGUAUGCGGGACAUGGGGAAGGUGGAAAGACUGUCCAGCAGUCUCCCUCCCUCUCUACAGAUGUUAUCGUUCAAAAAUUGCCCGAAGCUGAGGGAGUUGCCCCAGGAUGGCCUCCCUCCCUCCCUAAAGAAUCUCUGGAUCCGUGGAUGUGGGAUUCUGGUGGAGCGAUGCAAGAAAGGGACCGGCCGCUAUUGGCCCCUCAUCCGCGAAAUCCCGCUGGUUUCAUUAACCGGUGAUGACCCAUCGGAGUCAAUUACUUAAAAGGAGGAUUCAGGCUCGAAUGCUGUUAUAUGCGGGGAAGAGA